AUUAGAUUAGUAUUUGUUCUGCUUUACAUGACCCUUCUUUGGGUCCGUACUCGGAACCGUUGCUUAGUAACAUAGAUCAACAAAGCACAGCACUAGUUGAGCUAGCUAGCUAUAAACGUUCAAAGUCUCGCCAAAGGUGGAUUUAAAAAGCUUCCAGCUUGGAAUCAGACACGUAGUCCAAGAAAAUGUCAGUGCCCUUCUCCAACACUCACCUGAGGGUCCCCCGAGGAUUCGGUACCGUGUUAGAGGGACUGGCCCGAGAGGUUCUCCGGGACCAGCCUGACGACAUCCCUGCAUAUGCAGCGCAGUAUUUCGACAAACUUCUGAAACAAAGAGAAGAAAGUGGGUUGGACCCUGCUGAGUGGGCUGCCAGACUGGAAGACAGGUUCUACAACAACCACGCUUUCAGGAAUACAGAGACUGAUGGUCCUGAAAAGGAAACAGCAGCAGAGGAGACCGGUUCCAAGUGAGUCUCUCUUUAAGUGCAGCAGGCAGAAUCAACACUGGAGGAGGAAGAACAUGAGGGAAAGGAUAGAGAAAUAUUCUAAAAAAAAUUAAACUAGAGUUGAACUUUUUUAGUCAUUAAAAAGCUAAGAGUAA